AGGAUCCGUCCUUUUAAUUUUGUGAUUUUGUCAUGAUAUGACAACCAUAAAUUUUGACACUCAUGUUGCAUUUGAUUUUAUUGGUCAAGUUGUAUCUACUGAACCCAAGAUAGUGAUUAAGGAGAAUGCAAGGGAAACAAGGCUAAUGAGUAUUGUUCCACAAGAUCUGAGUGGUAGGAAAAUGCAAGUUGUUUUGUGGGAUAGUUUUGCAUUGACGUUGAACAGCUACAUAUCUGAACAUCAAAAUGAAAAUGCUCUUAUGAUCAUCCUCCUAUGUAUGGUAAAGUUCAAGACUUUGGGUGGCCAGCCACAAGUCGCCCGGAUUUCCAGGAAGGGGGAAAGUCAAGUUGGAAGAGUUGGGAGCUUGGAUCUACUUCCAUUUUGGCAAGGGAAGCUUCUUGAGGAGGAUUAUAGCUUGGGGGUUCCAGCACGAGUGAUUUCCAGGGUUUGCGAGUUAUCGAGAUAUACGAGGAACGGAAGGUUUACCCAGUCGGGACGGAAGUUCCCUGAGACACAUGGACCGGAAGGUAUUAGCGAGGACCGUGGGAAGGCGCCAGCGUGA